AUGCUAUUCUGGAAAAACGAAACAGAACCAACCUAUCCAGUAGAUGACGAAGAAGGUGGUGGUGACGAUGCGACGAUGCCAUUUGCAAAUAAGAGCAACGUGAAGCAGUCCACCGAUUCACUUGAUAUCUUCAUCGGACCAAAAGUGUUCGAUCCCGUUGGUGGAAUAGCACACAUUCCUCGGGGAACAAAAGAAGAACGUACCAUUUUUCUUGUCUUCCUUACUGUGUCUCAUUGA